AUGGCGCCUCUUAAAAAUAAUUCCGUCGGCGGCACUACCCUCCACACUUGUCAAACGUGCCGGCGCACCAUUCCAUACAGAAUCUACGCCGUUAUCCACAUUUUUGGUAUCGUAGCGCUAAUGUAUCACCAUGUACACUCACUUCUCACAGCAGACAAAACUCUGAUAACAUCUCUGCUUCUCCUCUCCGAUGUUGUUCUGGCUUUCAUGUGGGCCACCUCAGCUGCCCUCCGGUGUAACCCGGUUCACCGGUCCGAGUACCCUGAGAGAUACGUAGCUAAACCGGUGGAGGACUUUCCGAAGCUGGACGUGUUCAUAUGCACGGCUGAUCCAUACAAGGAGCCUCCGAUAAUGGUGGCUAACACCGCUUUAUCUGUGAUGGCUUAUGAUUAUCCGUCGGAUAAGAUAUCGGUCUAUGUAUCGGACGAUGGAGGAUCUUCGUUGACGUUUUUUGCUUUGAUGGAGGCUGCUAAGUUCUCUAAGCAUUGGUUGCCUUUUUGCAAGAGGAACAAUAUUCAAGAUCGGUCCCCUGAAGUUUAUUUCUCAUCAAAGUCACAUUCUUGGAGUGAUGAAGCUCAAAAUCUGAAGGUGAUGUACGAAGACAUGAAGUGUAGGGUAGAACAUGUCGUUGAAAGUGGAAAGGUUGAGGCUGAGUUUAUCACAUGUGAUGAAUAUCGUGGAGUAUUCGAUUUGUGGACACACAAAUUCACUCGUCACGACCAUGCCACUAUUAUUCAGGUGCUACAAAAUAGCGAGACUGAUAUGGACGAGACCAAAGAUUACACAAUGCCAAACCUAAUCUAUGUUUCAAGAGAGAAGAGUAAAGUUUCACCACAUCACUUCAAAGCCGGUGCUCUUAAUACUUUGUUGCGAGUGUCUGCGGUGCUUACAAACUCACCGGUCAUUCUAACACUAGACUGUGACAUGUACUCGAACGAUCCUACAACCCCGAUUCGUGCCUUGUGUUAUUUAACAGAUACUCAAAUCAAGUCUACUCUAGGUUUUGUGCAGUUUCCUCAGAAAUUUCAAGGAAUAAGUAAGAAUGAUAUUUAUGCAUGCGAGUACAAACGCCUCUUCGAUAUCAAUAUGGUUGGAUUUGAUGGGCUAAUGGGGCCAAAUCACGUGGGGACUGGGUGUUUUUUCAAUCGUAGAGUUUUCUAUGGACCUCCAUCUAGUUUGAUUUUUUCUGACAUAGACGAGCUUAGCCCUAAUCAGACUGCGCAUAAGUCCAUCAAUGCCAAAGAUGUUUUGGAAUUGGCACAUAAUGUAGCUGGAUGUGUCUAUGAGCAUAACACCAACUGGGGAUCCAAGAUUGGAUUUAGAUAUGGAUCUUUAGUAGAAGACUACUACACAGGGUAUAAGCUCCAUUGUGAAGGAUGGAGAUCAGUUUUUUGCAGUCCCAAAAGAGCCGCAUUUUGCGGAGAUGUCCCCAAAAGUCUAAUUGAUGUAGUGAGCCAACAAAAAAGAUGGGCCAUUGGACUUCUUGAAGUUUCCCUUUCAAAGUAUAGCCCCAUUACCUACGGAGUCAAAUCAAUGGGUUUGCUAACGGGUGUGGGAUAUUGUCAAUACGCAUUUUGGGCGUUUUGGUCAAUUCCUCUAAUCAUCUAUGGAUUGUUGCCGCAACUAGCCCUCUUGUAUGGAGUUAGCAUUUUCCCCAAGGCAUCUGAUUCAUGGUUUUGGCUUUACAUCGUUUUAUUCAUGGGUGCAUAUACACAAGAUCUACUAGACUUCGUAUUAGAAGGAGGAACUUCUGGCGGAUGGUGGAACGAUCAAAGAAUGUGGAUGAUAAGAGGAUUCACUUCAUUCUUCUUUGGCUUCAUAGAGUUUACUCUUAAAACCCUAAAUCUCUCCACACAUGGAUUUAACCUCACUAGUAAAACCAACGACGAUGCCGAACAGAGCAAGAGGUAUGAGCAAGAGAUCUUUGAUUUUGGAAACUCCUCGUCCAUGUUCUUGCCCAUGACUAUAGCAGCGGUCGUAAAUCUCAUUGCUUUUGUCUGGGGGCUGUAUGGUCUUUUUGCUUGGGGAGAAAGACUCGUCCUUGAGUUGAUGCUGGCCAGUUUUGCGGUGGUAAAUUGCUUACCAAUCUACGAAGCUAUGGUGUUGAGAAAAGAUGAUGGGAAAUUACCUAAAAACAUUUGCUUUUUAGCUGGGAUCUUCGCAUUUGCUUUUAUUGUGGCAGGCUACUUCGCCUUGAAGUAA